AUGGCUUCUUCAACAAGUGAAGCGAAAGCGGUACAGCCGCGGAAGACUCCCGUGUCUAUGAUGACCCUGCCAACAGAGGUCAGGCAUCGGAUCUACCGCGAAUUGCUGUACCAACCAGCACAGAUAUUGCUUCGCCACCACGUUCCCAUUCUUGUCUUGUUUGGCAGGAGUGCACCUCCCAGCACUGUCGAUCCCGUCUUUCAGACUCAGGUAUUCCGCGUCAACAAAGAGAUACACGAUGAUGCUAUGCUGUACGCCUAUGGUCUCAACGACUUUCAACUCAGGGACGACUUCGCUGCAUUCUGCGGCCUUGGCCGGGCAGCUCUUGAAGCCAUGGCUAACGUGAGUAUACUGCCUACCAUGUGGCGUGAGGAGGGCCCCAAGGAGACAGAGAUGUGGUCAAAACUAAAUCUAUGCACUAAUCUGCAUCGACUGGAGUUGCAACUUCACCCAGAAGUCCUUCUUCCAGCCGUUCGAUGGUUCGCAGGCCUCAGUCGAGAACUGAGUAUUUUGCAGCGGAGACCUAGAAUUAUCCUUGACUUCUGCGUUUGGGAGCGGCACCUCAUCUACGAUCCUCAUCCACUCGAUUACCAGAGAACACGUACGCUGAUUGAGAAUGGGAUUGCGUCAGGAGACCUCAGAGAUGCCAGCGUCAACAUUCGGCACAAGAUAAGACAGCUACCAUUGCAAGCGCGCAACAUAUUGCUUACCGCAGAUCUCAGUAGUGCGGCUGUCCGGGCGCUCGAUGACUAUCUGAGUGGCGCAGACCAGCCGCUGUUCACCAAGACCGUUGCUGAUCUGCCAAGCCAAGGCAGUCGUGCCAUCGGCGGGCGUGAGCGACGCCUGUGGUACGAGCUACAAGUCCACUAA